AUGGAGAAGCAUUUAAAUAAGAACAUUAAUGCUUAUGAAGAGAAAACAAUAAGAGGAUGUGACGUCGAAUGCAUUCUUUUUCAUGUUCUGGCUAUUGGGAAGGAAACAAAGACUAUUGUGAAGAGCAGGGAAUUUCAUGAAAAGUCAAGUACACUUUGUGUCUAUGCCUUGAAGGGUGAGACUAUCCAAGAAGCCCUGUGUAAGGAUGGUCGAUUUCGGCCUGACCUGGACCAAUUAAAGUGGAAACUCAUAGAAAAUCAUAAGAAGGUUUAUGAAAAACAGUCCAGAGUGGAGGACGUAUCUGGGAAAACCUUAGAAAUGGAAAUUCCUAAAAAGCCAUCUGGCAAGAAACGUACCCAUAAGAAAAUUAAGCAGAAGAAUGAAAGUGCCACUGGUGAAAUCAGUUCCCGGGAUCAGAUGCCAUCUCAGGUCCAGUUUCUCGAACCAGAGGUAGAUGGGGAGACUGAAGAUGUAGAAUACAGCCGAAAAGAAGUUCUCCCACCUCGAAGUCUAGGACAUGACAUUGAAAACAAAAGACGCCGGACAAUUUCCGAAAUUAAAGAUCAUUAUCGGAAAAAUCACAAAAGAAAAUACAGCAAACAAAUCUCACUUGGUUGGCAAAGGCCACGUCUGGGUAUGCAAUCUCUUAUUAAGUGGGAUAUCCAGGAGAAGACAACUGAUCCCUGGCUAAAGAAUUGCAAAAUGUUGAAUACAGUUAUAAUCCAGCAAUAUCCAAAUUUUAGUAAUUACGCACUUCAUAUGAACAAGUUUUUUCAGAAAGAACAGAGGAGAAACAAACUGUCACCAGCUCAACAAUUCAACAUAUAUGAAAAGCACUUCGCAAAAGCGACUAAAAAUUCUACUACGGUUGCAGCCUAUGAGAAUCGUAUCCAACGUAGUGAGUCAGUUGGGUACAUCAGUUGGGACAAUAAUGGAAACACAGGCAGUGGUACUUGCUCUGUCUUCAAUAAUGGUUACAUUUUCACCUGUCAACAUGUUAUACAGGAGAUGGUGGGAGAAGGCACAGAUCCAAGUUUGUGGCCAGAUAUAAUAAGCAAAUGUGCAAAGGUAACUUUCACUUAUAAAAAAUUUCGCCCUGUUCCUGAAGAAUGGUUUUUCAUUGAGCCAUGGUUUGAAGUGUCUGAUAACGGUCUGGAUUAUGCCAUUUUAAAACUAAGAGCAAAUGGAAAUGGAUUUCCUUCAGGCCUAUUUAAACACAUUUCCUCUUUGCCAUCUAGUGGUUUGCUUUAUUUAAUUGGUCAACCAGAAGACCGGGUAAAGGAAAUAGACGAGUGUACUGUGAUUACUUUAGUGGAUCGUGAAAGGAGGUACUCAGACCUUGUUCAAUAUUCAGAACCCCAUGCUUUCUCUAUGUUUACCCCAAGGAGUUUCCCACCUGAGGCUUCCCACAAAGAUGCACUUAGUUAUGAUACUUGUUUUUCAUGUGCGUCCUCUGGCUCCCCAGUGUUUAAUGCAGCUCACCAAGUCAUUGCUAUUCACUCCUUCGGGAAGUUUUAUGAACAUGAAGGGCGCGAAUGGACACCCGCGGGAGCUGGAUUUUCUCCAGCGGCCUCAGGUCUGGCCGGGAUGCUCGUCCCACCGCAGCUGCCCACCUCGCGGCGCCUGAAGGCAUCGCCCACCGGGCACAAAGCACACGGGGCGGCGGCGGUGGAGGCGGGGGAGCUGUGA